UAGGGAAGAACAUAAAAGAGGGAAUUUAGUGAGAAGAUCAAAUGUUUUUUCUUUCGAUUCUUGUUUAAUUUUGGACAGAUGAAAAUUUAAAAUUUCAUCUCUCAUUAUUGCCAACAAUCGCUGUUUGUUCAUAAAAGUCUCUUCUAUUUUAUUUUAAUUGUGAUUUAUUAGUACGUGAUACUAUAGAACCAUAUUUUAUAUAUUAAUUUGUUCGUCGAUCUUACUUUUUUUUUUUUAGUAAUUUCUAAGAUAAUAAUAAGUAUUAAUUUCAAAUAAUAUAAGAAGAAAUUUAUUAGAGAUAAUUCAAAAUGGCCAUGCCUUUGAAUGAUCUCUCGGAUCUCGAUGGAAUUACAUUGAAUGACUUACUAUCUCCAGAAGGUUUUACUUUUGAAAUUGGAGAUGAAUAUAUACAGAAAGAAGAAGAAGAUAAUUGUUUAUAUAACUCAAAUGUAUUCUUGUCAAACGAUGAAAUAGUUGAUAUGCUUAAUAUAGAUAAUUUUGAAAAUGAAGAGACCAAUGAUUACGAAAGUGCAAUCACCAAUGUGAUUGGAAUAAGCUUUGCGAAAUUGAAAUCUAAAAUGACACCGAUAACAGAAGAUGGAAAGAUUAUGAAAUUGAUUAAAAGAAAAGGAGUUGGUGCAACGGUAUCAUACAAUUCUCAGGUCACAAUUAAAUAUAUAAGUUACUUUGAAUAUAGCGAUGAACCUUUUGAUUCGACAUUUGCACAAGGAAAACCAAAAACUCUUCGUCUUGAUCAUGGCUAUUUAAUUCCUGGAUUAGAAUUAGCAAUAACUACUAUGGAAAAACAUGAGAUUUCUAUUUUUAUUAUUCAUCCUGAUCUUGCAUAUGGCCAGUUAGGUUGUCCACCUCGAAUUUUACCAAAUACAGAAGUUAUGUUUAUUGUUCAUUUAGUUGAUUUCCUCAACAUUGGAUCAGCAGAUACUUAUAUUAAUUUAAACGUGGAUGAAAAAAAAUUACUUCCUAAUAUUAUUAAUUGUGUUAAUGAUUUGCUUAAUUCAGCAAAAUAUCAUUUUAAUAAAAUGGCUUACAAAACUUCCAUACGACAAUAUGAAAAAGCAAUACGUUUGUUGGAAAAUGCUGAAUUAAAAGAUGAUAACGAAGAGAAAGAAGUUAAAAUGAUACUUUCCAGAGCUUACAAUAAUCUUGCAAUAUGUUUUAAUAAAAUUGAUAUGCCACGUCGUGCAUGCAUGGCUUGUACAAAGGUUCCUACACCUACUGUUAAAACUCACUUUAAUCAUGGUAAGGCACUGAUCAAAAUAGGAGAAUAUACAAGAGGCUUAAAAGAGUUGGAAUUCGCAUAUAAGAUGGAACCAAAAGAUAAAAAUAUUUACAGAGAACUUUGUUUGGCAAAUGAAAAGUGCAAUCAGUAUUAUCAAAUAGAAAAACAAUUAUGGUCUAAUUGUUUGAAUAUUGUUGGAAAAGAGAAAUGUGAAGUUGAGUUUCAAAAAGCAGCACAUGAAAUGUGUAAAGUUUUUACUGAGGAUAAUUAUUUAUCAAGUCAACCAUUUCCUGAAGGAUUAACGAAAGAAGAAGAGAAUUGUAUACGUGAACAAGCAGCUGCAUUCGGUCUUAAUGUUGUCGAUGAGAUUAAAUAUAAUAAAAAAAUAUUAUAUUUAACUAAAAAAAGAUAUUAAUUAUACUGUUAUCUCCUUAGUUUUAAGGAAAUUUAUUAUAGAA